UCAACUUACUCUCAUCAUUGACUCUUACCUCCGCCGUUGAUCAUGAUUGUCUCACUCAAUAACGCUUUUGAUUUUGGUACUCUUAAAAAAAAAAUUAUCAUUUAUUUAUCUUAAAUUGUUUAAAUUAUUAUUGUUUAUUCUGAAAUUUACAAGAAAUAUAUUAUAUAAUGAAUUUUAAUUAUUAUUUUAUAAAAUCAUUAUUGCAACCCAAAAUAUUAAAAUAAUCAUCGUCAACAACCGGAUCUCAACCGCUUAUUUUGACAUUGAUAUCUACGGCGGAGAAGACAUACAAGACAAUUAAAAGGUACGCCGCGAUACAUUUGAUAAUCGAAGCGCAUUUCUGAUUCGGACAAGCCCCAAAUCGAAGCAAGGGGAUCAAGGCGUCUCCCUUGGAUACUUAAACAGUUGUCAAGGGACAUUCACAUCUUUGACCUUUGAGGCAUAUUAGAUUUGCCAAGCAGCAAACAAGAUGCAGGCAUCAAGAGCUAGGCUUUUCAAGGAAUACAAAGAGGUGCAGCGGGAGAAAGCAGCAGAUCCAGAUAUUCAACUUGUCUGUGAUGAUUCCAACAUAUUCAAAUGGACUGCUCUUAUCAAGGGACCAUCGGAGACACCUUUUGAGGGUGGUGUUUUCCAGCUUGCUUUUGCUGUUCCUGAACAGUAUCCUUUGCAACCUCCUCAAGUUCGGUUCUUAACAAAGAUAUUUCAUCCAAAUGUGCAUUUUAAGACAGGAGAGAUUUGCCUUGAUAUCUUGAAGAAUGCAUGGAGCCCAGCUUGGACACUCCAGUCUGUAUGUAGGGCUAUAAUUGCUUUAAUGGCUCAUCCAGAGCCUGAUAGCCCACUAAACUGUGAUUCAGGCAAUCUUCUACGAUCUGGUGAUAUAAGAGGAUACCAAUCCAUGGCUAGGAUGUACACUAGGCUUGCGGCCAUGCCCAAGAAAGGGUGAAGUAUUGGAGCGCUGUUUGUAUUCUUGGAUGUCAAAAGAUCAUAUUGUUACUAUCCUGCAAGAACUCCUACGUCAAAACCUCAAAAAAAGAAAGAAAAAAAACUUCAAAUUCUGAAUGGGACAUGUAAUUGGUGGCUUGCUGUUGUAUUGAAAGACGUGACUCUACAUUUAAUAAGCAGCUGAUUUUUAAGA